AUGGCGUACUCCACAGUGCAGAGAGUGGCCAUGGCCUCGGGGCUCGUCUUGGCUCUGUCGCUGCUGUUGCCCAAGGCCUUCCUGUCCCGCGGAAAGCGUCAGGAGCCGCCGCCGGCACCCGAAGGAAAGUUGGGCCGAUUUCCGCCUAUGAUGCACCAUCACCAGGCAUCCUCAGAUGGCCAGACCCCUGGGGCUCGUUUCCAGAGGUCUCACCUUGGAGAGGCAUUUGCAAAAGCCAAAGGAUCAGGUGGAGGCACUGGAGGAGGAGGUAGUGGAAGAGGCCUGAUGGGGCAGAUUAUUCCAAUCUAUGGUUUUGGGAUUUUUUUGUAUAUACUGUACAUUCUAUUUAAGCUCUCAAAGGGGAAAACUACUACAGAGGAUCGGAAAUGUUCUACUGCCAUACCUGGAAACACCCACAGAAAAAUUACCAAUUUUGAGCUUGCUCAACUGCAGGAAAAACUGAAGGAGACGGAGGAAGCCAUGGAAAAAUUAAUCAACAGAGUGGGACCUAAUGGUGAGAGGACAAAGAGGGAUUCCGUUUCAGCUGGUCCUUCUGACGAUGAUGGAAGAAGAAUGUUGAGAGCACAGACUGUAACUUCUGACCAAGAGAAACGGUUGCUGCAUCAGCUCCGAGAAAUCACCAGAGUCAUGAAAGAAGGAAAAUUCAUUGACAGACCAACUCCAGAGAAAGAAGCUGAGGAGGCCCCAUACAUGGAGGACUGGGAAGGUUACCCUGAAGAGACUUAUCCAAUUUAUGACCUUUCAGACUGUAUCAAGCAUAGGCAAGAAACAAUCCUGGUGGAUUACCCUGACUCCAAAGAACCCUCUGCUGAAGAAAUAGCUGAAAGAAUGGGAGUGAUAGAAGAUGAGGAAUCAGAUCAUUUGGGCUGGAAAAGUCUGCCCACUGACCCCAUAGCCCAGGAAGAUAAUCCCGUUACCUUGUGUGACCCAAAGCCAGAAACAUGUUCCUGUUGUUUUCAUGAAGAAGAGGAUCCUGCUGUCUUGGCAGAGAAUGCUGGAUUCUGUGCAGAUAGCUACAGCGAGCAAGAAGAAACCACCAAAGAGGAGUGGCCCCAGGAUUUUAGAGAUGAAGGGUUGGGGAUCAGUGCUGAUAAGGCAUAUACAAGUGGCAUGUUGAGGAAGCGUAACCCACAAGGUUUAGAGUGAAAGCAGCCAGUUUGUUGAAGUAUUCAUUCCUCGAGUCCCAAGGUGACCUUUCUUUUCCCUCUCAGAUUUCAUCCUUGGCCCUGUGUCCUGUACUACCUUCUGUGUAUUCAAAUGUCAUAGCUCUCAGGCCUCUACCAUGGAUAUCAUGUAUCCUUCCUUGUGCUCACACACCUGUCACCUUGUAAAACAUAGACAUUAGUGUGAACACAAGACAGCUUCACUCUUCUUGCCUUUCCCACAUCAGAGAAGUUGAUCCAUUGAGUAAUUGUGUUUGGUCUAUUGUAAUUACAGAUGGGACCUCUCAAGGGUAAACUUCAGCUCUUCCUAUUAGGAGUAACGGUUUACCUGUGAUGGACAUCAACUCACAGGUGAUGAGGACUUAAGGUUGCAAGUGUGAAGAUUUCAGACUCCAAGAUACCUUGUUAUUUGGGCCUUGAGCAGGUCAAUGUUCUCCUGGGGAGAAGAGAACAUUUUGUUUGUAGGGAUGAUGGGCCCAGAGCAAGGUAAAGACUGCUAUCUGAGCUGAAGCCUCUUCUUCACAGUGAAGCUCUUUCUAGGAGCACUGAUACUGUCUCAGACAUCCUCUUUUCUCCAGAGUAGCAGAAGACUCUCACUGUCCUGAGAAUGAGCCCAGAGGCCUGUUUGGGGACUGUUUUGCUCUGAUAUUGCUUGGAUCUCUAGCUUUCUUUUUAUCCCUGUUCUGCUCAACAAAACUGCCAAACCCAGAAGUACCUUUGCACCCCUGGUCUUCAGUGGCCAGAGGAAGCUUUAGAUAGAGACUUUAGUCCCUGCCCUGCAGAACCAAGGUUUGAGGCUGCAGGAAGGCCUGCCCAAGGGUGGUGGUCUUGCCAUGAGGAGCUCAGGCCAGGGAACCCGCAAUAGGAGAGAGAACUCAUGCACUAUGGACAGUCCUUGCCUAGAAACUGUUUCUGAAUGUUGUGUCCUCUGGGAACUUUUUUUUUAUAACCACAUGAAUUGAAACAGAAAUGAGGACUUAGCUAAUAUACAAAGUGCCAGCAAAACAGGGAAGUUGCAAUUGUGUCUGUUGCCAAGAACCAAUAUAGCAGUGCCCAGGGGAAGAGACCAUGUGAACAUUCAGAUAUUGGGUCUUUUGAGAGAACUGUGGAAAGUAGGAAAUAGACUAGGAUUGGGAGGAUUUUGAACAAGCUAAAUGCCUGUUCUCCAAAGUUGUUGUCAUGUGUCUUCUUGAGACAAUAUGGCAUCCGUGAAUUCUGUCUAGCAUGAAGGAUGAGUGAAUUCAGCUUUACAUGUAAGACCUGAGAGUUUAAAGAGGACGUGUUCCUAAGGACAUUCCAGUCAUGAAAUGUGGAAGACUCAAAAUUUUAGAAAUUAUAUGAAGGUAGAUAUGGCUUUUAGAGUUCCAUGUGUCUGGCACAAAUAAGUUGCCAGGAAAAUAGUUUAAAUCAUACAUGUAAGCGUAUAGACUGCUGUCAGAAGGUGUGGGAUCAUAUUAAGAUAAUCUGCCAACUACCACUAGGCAUUUCUUGUUAGUUAUUUGAACUACAGAGAAAAGUCACUGAAGAUUGAGUCUAUACAAUGUAUAUUGUAUCUAUCUCUGUGUAGAAUAUUUGACUCACAUUGUAAAGAAUGCAGCUUAAAAUGUAUUGAAGACAAUCUAAAUGUAAUGUAACACUAAAGUUAAAAAGUAAUGUAGGUGAUCUUAACUGUUUUGAUAAAUUGUUUUCCAUGUUAUUUCCUUUACAAAGAGAACCCUGGGUCCCUAGUUCAAAUUUUUUUGCCUUAGGAUUUGAUUCCUUUAUUAGUGAUAAGAACUUCUAUUUCCUUCUAGCUUGCUCAUUCAUUCAUUCAUUCAUUUAGCAGACAACUGCUCAGUGCUAGAAACUGGGAAUAGAAAAGGCUCAUCUCAGAAAACUCAAUUUAACAUGGGAUCCUGACAAAUAAAAAUGAA